AUGGCCUUGCAGAAGAAGCUCUCCAGCAACGACAUGGAGCUGAUUUCGAUCAACAAAGUCAACAACAACGGGGCGGGCGGAAGCGGACCGCCGAGUGCUGGGACCGAUCCGAACGGGAACGGGCUGGCGAGCAUCAUGACGAGUGGCGGGGCGGCCGGCGGCUACCACGCGGGAGGUGGCGGCGGCGGAGGAGGCAGUAACAACAACAGCGUGAAAAUGCCCUCCAAGAAGAUCCAGUUCAGUAAUCCCGAGUUUAGCAUCACGCCCAUCGAAACCAUCCCCGGCAGUACGGUGAAGCCGGCACCGAGCCGUCGAAGGGAGGAAGCGAUAGUGAUGGCCAACCUCCGGAAACGGGUGGCCGCAUGCGAUCUGAACAAAAAUGGCCGCAAACCACCGCCAGCCUCCGUGGCCGGCCUGGAUGACAUCAGCAUCAACGAUACGGGCCAAACGCAGGACGCGCUGGACAACAGACCGCUGCUACCGAAGGCCACCCCAACCGAGCAGCGCAAGGAGCGUUCGGCGAAGGGCGGCGCCAACGGCGGUGGGGAGGCGGCGGGCGGCGAGGAUUCGCCCAAGGUGAAGAUCGUCAUGGACAAGGAGUUUAUCUUCGAGUGUCUGUGCUGGCACAACGAGUACCGGAUGCGGCACGGUGCGCCGGCCCUGAGCGUCUCCUCUGAGCUGUGCGAGUACGCCAAGCAGUGGGCCAACCAUCUGGCCAGCACCAACGAGCUGUACUACCAGAGCGGCACCAACUACGGCCAGAACAUCUUCUGCUGUCCGGCCAACAGCCUGCUCACGGAUCUUUCCGGUCAGGAAGUGGCCACCUACUGGUACAGCACGAGCCGCCGGUACGACUACUUCAAGGAGUCGCACCUGCUGCACACGAACGUCAACACCGGCCACUUCUCGCAGAUGGUGUGGCGCGGCAGCCGAUACUUCGGCGUCAGCAAGUCGAUCUCGAAGACGGGCAAGCUGUUCGUGGUCGCGUACUACUACCCGGCCGGCAACGUGAUGGGCGAGUUCCGGCAGAACGUGCUGCCACCGAUCGUGGCCAACGAGGAGGCCGCCCCGUCGCACCUGUCCCGGCCCCCGUCCGCCAAGGACCUGGAGAACCUGAGCGCUUCCCACUGA